UUAAACAAAAGCAAACCCAAAUAGGCAAUACCAUGAUCUUGGAAUACAAUCAAUCUACCAAAUGACCAAAUCCGUAAACCUAUAAUGGCCUAUCGCGCCGUAUCCAAAUUUGUUUAUUUUUCAACUGUCUCGCGCCACUGCUGCAUACCGGUAAGACUUUUCACUCGGGACUUUGUUAAAUCACGAGCAUAGAACUCUACCUUACGGAUCUCGAUUCGUCAAUUUUUGUAAUUUGGAAAUCCCAGUCAUCUGGUUUUAAAUUUCUGAGAAUUUGAAGCUUCAAUUCAGUGGGCAUCAUGACCAUUAAUGUAUGGCAUGAGGAAUUUGACCGAGGAAAGUUGGUGAUCUGAGAAGGUUAUUCACGCACGUUCCAUGACUUAUUCUUGGAAUAAUCUUCGCGGGGGAUGGUAAAGGUCUCGACUUUGCAAAAAGACUUGCUUCUUGCGAUCAUGCAAAGGCAGGGUAUUCUUAGUUGGAGGUCCCCUUUCCGAUUUACUAGAGGCAACCUUAACAUUGAUGAUAAACUAGGGUUUGUAGCUGGAUCGAUCUCAACUCCCAGUAUUAGACACACAAAUAUGAUUGAAUCUUGUCAGGUGAAGUCAAGAGGUGUGUUAAUUAGUGGAGUUUCAAAUGCUGAGACCAGAAGUGGUGGAGCUAGGUUAAAAUGGAGUGUAAACAAUGGUGAUGUUGAUGAGCUGUUUGAAGAGGAAGAUGAUGAUGAUGAGUGUUGUCCUGUUGAUUGCGUGAGAGAAUUUACAAAGGAUGAGGAGUUCUUGAGGAUAAUGGAGAAGGCCAAGAAAAGCGGGUCUCUGGUAGUGGUAGACUUCUACCGCACCUCUUGUGGCAGCUGUAAGUACAUAGAGAAGGGUUUCUCGAAGCUAUGCAAGGGAUCAGGUGAUCAAGAGUCACCUGUUAUUUUCUUGAAACACAAUGUGCUUGAUGAGUAUGAUGAACAAUCUGAGGUUGCUGAACGGCUGCGAAUCCGGACAGUGCCCCUUUUUCACUUCUAUAAAAAUGGAGUCCUGCUCGAAGCUUUUCCAACACGAGAUAAAGAUAGGAUACUUUCAGCCAUUCUUAAAUACUCAUCUCCUGAUACUGAAAACACUUGGCCAAGUUGAUCCGGUUUGCACUAACGUUACUAGAAUUAAUAAAAUAAUAAUUUGUAUUACAUGUACCUUAGUAAUGUGUCAUUCUUGGUGGUGAUAAGCACUCGUGUUGAUCUAUUGUUGGUGCUUAGCACCCAUAUUGAAUUGUAUUCCACUUAUUAUUUUCCUUGCUGGAAUCAUUAUUGAGAGUAAAUAUACCCAGUGCAAACAACUAGUAUUUAGACAUGGUGAAUCUGUUUCAGGAUGUUUAAAAUAUUACGAAUUCAAUAGUGAUACAAGAAUUUCUUCUGUAAUACAGUAUUUGUUAG